AUGUCGCGAUCAGACUGCCAUUGGAUGUUGAACAAGCCAGCGAUACCGUCCAUCUUUUUGCUUUGUUUCUGGAAUCUCGCUACGGGGCAGCUUCGCUACUCCAUUCCUGAAGAGCAAGAGCCCGGUGCGUUAGUAGGAAAUAUCGUACAAGACUUGGGAUUGAAGGUGGAGGAACUUAUACGCCGUAAAUUUAGAAUUGUCUCUGAUUCGCCAGCGCAAAACCUGAAUGUUGAUCUAAAGAGCGGAAUCUUAAUUGUGGAAGGUCGAAUAGACAGAGAACAACUCUGUGGGCAAAGCUCGACCUGUUUAGUGCCUGUACAGGUCGUAAUUGAAAAUCCUGUCGAACAAUAUCGCGUGGAUGUCGAAAUUCUGGAUAUAAACGACAAUCCGCCUAGAUUCCCGGUAAGUGAAAUCCGUUUGGAAAUUGCUGAAUCAGCCAUACCUGGAACGCGCUUUCUGUUGCAGAACGCGCACGACUCUGACGUGCAAGCUAAUUCCCUUCGCACGUACCAAUUGACUCCAAAUGAUCAUUUUAGUUUAGACGUGCAGUUUCGCGGAGAAACAAAAUUACCAGAAUUAAAACUGGACAUGUCUCUUGAUAGAGAAGAGCAAUCAGAGCACAGCCUGUUGCUUACAGCUCUUGACGGCGGAUCUCCAAUGAGGACAGGUACCACCCAUGUAAUUAUUAAUGUCUUGGAUAUUAAUGACAAUGCACCUGUUUUCGAACAAUCUUUGUAUGUUGUCAAUCUAAAUGAAAACGUGUCUUCGGGAUCUCUGGUGAUUAAACUUAAUGCGACUGACCUGGAUGAAGGGUCCAAUGACGAUAUCGUAUAUUCUUUCAGUAGUUAUAAUAAACAGAGGAUCCAUGAACUUUUUAGUAUUGAUGCCAUUUCAGGUGAAAUCAGGGUCAGCGGAAUGCUGGACUUUGAAGAAGUAAAUACUUACGACAUUGAUGUGGAAGCUAAGGAUAAAGGUUCCUACCCUUUAUCCACACACUGCAAUGUUCGAGUGAAUAUCAAAGAUCUGAACGAUAAUGCACCUAAUAUUACUUUAAAUUCCAUUGCGAAAGAAAUACGUGAGGAUGCUUCGAGAGGAACAUUGAUAGCUUUAAUCAACGUGAAGGACAAGGAUUCUCAUGAAAAUGCUUAUGUUGAUUGCCGCAUAUCUCCAAAUCUCCCAUUUGUUCUUAAAUCAUCUUUCAAGAAUUCUUACAUGUUGGUGUUAAAUGAUCCAUUAGAUCGGGAGCGUGCUUCUGAAUAUAAAAUUGUGGUAACGUGCUACGAUCGAGGGAAUCCUCCACUGACUUCCAACGCAAAUAUAGUUGUUCACGUUUCAGAUAUAAACGACAACGCGCCCAGAUUUCUGCAGCCUUCAUACACCAUUUAUGUGAUGGAAAACAACGCACCAGGCAAUUCAAUUGGGGUAGUGAGAGCCUUCGAUCCUGACAUGGAUGAAAACUCACAUCUUUCUUAUUCCAUUGAGGAGAGUGAAGUAAAGGGGACGCCAAUCAGUACAUAUGUGUCUAUCAAUUCUAAAACUGGAGUUAUCUAUUCACAAAAGAAGUUCGAUUACGAACAACUUAAACAUUUUCAAGUCCACAUCCAAGCUCAGGAUGGUGGAGUUCCAUUACUUUCCAGUAAUACUACUGCGAACGUGAUUAUCCUUGAUCAGAAUGAUAACCCUCCGGUAAUAAAAAUGCCCAAGUCAAUGAAUUAUCCUCAAAUAGCUGUGCCCCGGUCUGCAGCUCCGCGACACCUGACGACAAAGAUAAUUGCUUCUGAUGCUGACUCUGGACAGAAUGCACGGCUUUUCUAUCAGAUUGUGCAAGCCACUGAUCCCAGUCUAUUCACAGUAUCACACAAUUCAGGCGAAGUUCGCACUGCUCGCCAUUUUAAAGAAAGCGAUGGCAUUUCACAAAAACUCGUCAUACAGGUGAGCGAUAAUGGACAUCCACCACUCUCUGGCACUGUUACUCUUACGAUUUCCGUCGUUGAACAGAGCGCAGAAAUUCGCUCAAAUUUUGCUGAACCGCAUAAGGAAUUAGAAAACGUUACCGAUUUCGCAUUUCAUAUAGUUAUUACUUUGGGAGUACUAUCGCUCAUACUUCUAGCUAUUAUUGUUGUUCUCAUUGCUCUCAUUUGGCCUGUUAACAGACACAUUGCAUUCUCCAGACGUUGCGCCAUUGUGAGAUGCUGCUGGGCCAGUGAAUUGGAAACCAAGAAUAGAGUCCAAGGCUCGAACGUCAACCUGCAAAUUGUGCCUGAUCUUAAAGUUAUUGCGAAUGUCCUUGAGGUAGAAGGGAAUGGAUGCGUUUUAGAUACAUAUCAAUAUAAACUUCACUCGGCACCUCAGGUUGGCGCAUUGGAGUACAUGGUUGUCGCACCAUUCAGCCCAGGGACGUCAGGAACAAAUGUCAGGAAUAGUAGACCAGCUUUGGCAGAACGUGACAUAAGAGCGACUAAUGACUGGCUUACGAAAAUAAAUAAGCCUGAAACCCAAAAAUCCCAGAACGUGUUGAUUGCUAAACCAGCUCGAUACGAUUGGGAACAAGAAGAGAAAUCGUUGGAAAAAUUCAUCGGUGUCCAGCAGUACCUGUGGAGAUAA